GGUCCAAUAACUUAUCGAUGGUUUCUGCUACUGGAGAAAAUGAAAGGGAAUCCACGUUUGCUACCGCUAAAGCGAAUGAUUGUCGAUCAGGCUAGUAGUGGUUGCAGUUGUGGGGCGCCGAUAUUCACAUUCACUUUUAUAACGAAUUUGCAUAUGCUGGAGGGAAAACGUCCUCGAGAAGCGUUGCAUAAAGCGAGCAACGAGAUUGUUCCUGUUAUGAAAACAAAUUACAAAGUAUGGCCAUUCGCGCAACUCUUCAAUUUUUAUGUGCUGCCGUUACGUUACAGAGUUGUAUUUGUGCAAUUCAUAGGACUAUUUUGGAAUAUGUACUUAUCAUAUGCUACGCAAGCUGAAGUUAAAAAAGGCAAACGAAGCAAAGAGGAAAAUUAG